AUGGCUCGACCUCAGAACUCCUCCAUCUUGACGCAACUCCGAAAUGCCAAGGCACUACCCGAACAGGCUCUGGCCCUGCAGGCUUUGAAGAAUGAUAUCGUUGGCCAUGUGCAGAAGAAGGAAGCGUGGAUUGGUCUUGGCGUACUAGAGCCCAUAGUCAGGACUCUGGUGACCAACCGAUCACCGUCGAAGCUCAACGGGAAAGAUGCCAACGCUCAUCUUCUAACGCGGCCGCUGUCCGACGAGGAAUACGUGAGGCUACAAGCCCUCCAACUGGUUGCGAGUUUCGCCAAUGGCGGGCCGGCGUUCCUCAACCCUCUUCAUGCUGCCCGUGUCGUGCCGGCUAUCUUGACGAACCUUUCGCCUUCUUCGAAACCUCCUCAGAUCGUGGUGGCCUCGCUCAGAGCGUUGGUUGAUAUUUCUACAGCUGCUUCUCUGGCGCUUCCGCCCACACCAAUCGACAUGCAUUACUUGGCCAGCAAUGUCUUUUCUCCUCCAAACAUAGAAUCUCUCAACAUGAUGCUCUCAAUGACAUCGUCGAACUACAUGUACCAAUGCCAGAUUACUCUUGCGUCGACCCUGAUAUGUCUCUUGUGUCGGGAAGACCAACAUCAGAAUGCGCUUGUAAACGGAGGCGUCUUGGACUCCUUGGCGGCCCAACUGGCUAGGUUUGCCGUCGCGGACGGUCUUGUCGUACCCAAAGCCGAGGAACUGGCGUACAAUGAUGGCCUGAGCGACCUGUUUCCCGAGCCUGCUUCGCCAGGGGCAAGGAUAGGGCCAAUUCUCGAAGCGAUUAGCUGCAUCAUGGGUGAUUCCAAAUACCGAGCGAAUAGAUUGAUUUACUCUCCGGCACUGCUUGCCAUCUUUCCGAGCGUAAAGUUUGAGCCGUACAAGGAAACAGACGAAAACCAAGGGGUCACAGCCAUGGAUUUCAUCCUACCAUCUCUGCCGGCCGCACGCUCCAAAGCCCAAUCGUGCGCACAUUCUUUGUUCCCCACGCCUGACCGAUCCGACUCCCGGACUUGCAGCAGAACGUCGCUUAGCAAGUUCGGUACGUCUGCAGUUUGGGACACUCCUCUGUUUCACUCGGCGGUUAAUGCGCCCGAUGCGUCCAACGAGGACGUGGAAAGCCCACUCAUUCCGUGGCUAAUACAUUUGACACGCUCGCUGAGCGACUACGAUCGGCUGAUGGCGGCGGCCGUCCUGGCUGCCUUAUUCAAGGCCGGACUGGGACGGAAGGGCGUGAGAGAAACAACCAUCGGCUUACUUGUGGUACCAGUCAUCGUUGGCAUGAUUGCCAAAAACGACAGAGACGGCCUCGAAUCAGUCGAGCCAUCCGACACACGGCGGCUUCAAAUUCUGGAAAAGGGACCGGCUAUACUGGCCAGGCUGAUAUCCGACAGCGAGUAUCUCCAGAAAGCCGCGUUUGAUUGUGACGGCGUCAAGAUCCUUACCAAACUCCUCAAGCGAUCAUACAAGCCAGUAGCGGAUGGCGGCCAGCCAACGUUUUGGUCUGCAAGCCCCGAUACAGGAAUGGACGUUGAAAGCACAUCGCCCAUGGCCCGUCUUGGGGAUGGCGGGCGGAACCCUCUGCUGGCCCACAGGAUUAUCCUGCGAGAGUCAACCUUGAAAGCCAUUGGUGCAUUGUCGGCGGGCAAGGAGGAUUACAGAAAGGCCCUCGUCUCCGAAGACUUGGUACCGUACGUAGUCGAGUCUCUCUGCGAGCAUCCCCGAAAGCCGAGGUCAGCAAAGGAUAAGAAGCCAGCCAACGAGCCGGCGCAGAGUGGGCCGUGUCCAGCCUACGGCACAAAUCCUUUGUCGGUCAUCAUAGCUGGCUGCCACGUUGUGCGGACCCUGGCUCGAUCUGUGAGCAUACUGCGAACCGCCCUGGUGGAUCACGCAGUAGACAUGCCGAUUUUCCGGUUUCUGAAGCAUGCCGAGGUCAAUGUGCAAAUCGCUGCCACUGCGACUGUCAUCAACCUGGUUGUCGAAGUGAGCCCAGUUCGUGAGCUUCUUACUGAAAAGGGCGUGAUGAAAAUCCUUUGUGAGCAUGCUCAUUCGGACAAUGCCGCGCUGCGGCUGAACGCCCUCUGGGCGCUGAAACACUUUGUCGAUGCCGUUGGACCUGACCUGAAGAAGGCAUGUCUCGAUCAGCUGGAGCCGGGAUGGCUGGUGCAGCUCAUCUGCGACGACAGCCAGGAGGCCUCGGUCUUUGCCGUGCCUGCCAAGGGAUCGUACGGCGAUGAUUUUGACCAAGACAUGGACAUGCGGCCGUGGGACGAGCCUGUUCGGUGGUUUUGCGGAAGCAACGGGGUGGUGGAAGAGCUGGACGCUUCUCGCUCGUCAAGGCUGCGGCAGGCAGAGGAUCGGCUGAUGUCGGUACGAGAAGCCGAACUGAACCCGGCGCGGAAAGCCCGAAGCGACGACGUGGCCAUCCAGGAACAAGGGCUGGAUUUCAUCCGGAACUUUAUCGGGCGGCCCCAGUCGGGCGUGUCGUCGGAGGAUGCGUGCGAGACGACCGAGAUGAUUGACUGCCUGCUUAGCGAGCUGGGCGAGGAUCGCUUGUUCGACAUGCUGGCCUCGAAGCUACGGUCAAAGGUGCAGUGGCGAGACGGGGCGCUGGGGAGGGAGACGAGGGUGAUGCACCCGCAGGCCAAGAUCAUGGUGGCCGUGAUUUGCAUCCUGGUGCACAUGGCCGCCAGCGUGCCGCGCCACCGGCAGCUGGUCAUGGCCCAGACGGAGCUGCUGAAGCUUCUGGCGCAGCAGGCCGGCAGCAAGGACCGGAGCGUGCGAGCGUCGCUGUGCCACCUGGUCAUCAACCUGACGUGGCAGGAGGACGAGAGCGAGGCGCAGGCCUGCUCGCAGCGAGCCCACGAGCUGAAGAAGCUGGGAUUCCACGCCAAGAUGGACACGCUGAGGCACCAGGACAGGGAUCUGGACGUGAGGGAGCGAGCGAAGACGGCGGCAUGGCAGAUGGAGCAGGCGACGUAUUGA